UACUUGAACUUGAGAAUUAAGAUUGAGAUGAUAUAAUAUCCUCUCGGUCUCACUCACAGUCCCGUUGUCAGGUGUCUGGGAGGGUGAGGUUUGUUAGAGGCAAUCCAUAACCAUGUCCAUGGCGGCAGCAUUUACAACUGCAACUGCAACACCGAGACUGUCAAAUGUUGGAGAAACCAAAGCUUUGAACCGUAACCCUAAUUCUAACCUUAAGCUUGUGCGAGGGUUUGGGUUUGGCGGUUGUUCUGUGAGUGUGAAAGGGGCAACAAGGGGAAGCAGAAGCGUUCGUGUUGUUGCGAGUUCUUCUUUGGAGGCAAGUGUGCAGUCAAAAGUGACUCAGAAAGUAUACUUUGACAUCAGUAUUGGGAAUCCAGUUGGUAAGCUUGCGGGACGGAUUGUGAUUGGACUAUACGGCGACGAUGUCCCCCAAACAGCGGAGAACUUCCGCGCCCUUUGCACUGGAGAGAAGGGCUUUGGCUAUAAGGGCUCUUCCUUCCAUCGUGUCAUCAAGGAUUUCAUGAUUCAAGGAGGCGACUUUGACAAAGGAAAUGGAACUGGAGGCAAAAGUAUAUAUGGUCGUACUUUCAAAGAUGAGAAUUUUAAAUUGUCUCAUACUGGACCAGGAGUUGUUAGCAUGGCAAAUGCAGGUCCCAACACAAAUGGGAGUCAGUUUUUCAUAUGCACUGUCAAGACACCAUGGCUGGAUCAGAGGCAUGUAGUAUUUGGCCAAGUUUUGGAAGGCAUGGAUAUUGUUAGGUUGAUUGAAUCACAGGAGACAGAUAGGGGUGACCGUCCUAGGAAGAAGGUGACCAUCAGUGACUGUGGUGAGCUUCCAAGUGCUUGAGGUGGUUCUUGUGUAUUUUGUUGGUCAUUCCUUCUAUUAACUUGUUGACUUAAAAGAAGGGAAAAACCCGGGGGGGGGGGGGGGGGG